UGCGCGCGGCUCUGCGCGGCGGCGGGCUGCGUGCGUGUCUCUGUCCGCGCUGCUGAAACCGGCUCUUCGAGGGAUCGGCGUCACAUGACUCCGCCUGCCCCUCGCCCGCGCGCAGCUCGCCAGUCCCUCAGUUUGCCCCGCGCCGGGGGAGGGUCGGCCGGCAUCUCCUGAGCCCCGAGGCGCUGAGGAGCGGAGAAGAGGUUCCGGCGGGGAAUGGUACAUCUCGCUUCCAGAAGCCCCGGCUCCGCGCCAGAUCCCGGAGUGUAGAUAUUUGGGGGGAGGGGAGAGCGACCAGGAGCGAGCGAGCGAGCGAGCGCCAGAGAGAGGCAGCGCGCCGCGCGCACGGAAGGGGGGCUGCCGGGUGCCGCGCGGAGAAGAUGUAAGCGCGUGGGGUCUAGCUGGCCUCCGAGCACCAUGCAGAAGGGGAUCCGGCUGAACGAUGGCCACGUCGCGUCCCUGGGACUGCUGGCGCGCCAGGACGGCACGCGCAAAGGCUACCUGAGCAAGCGGAGUUCGGACAACACAAAAUGGCAAACCAAGUGGUUCGCGCUGCUGCAGAACCUGCUCUUCUACUUCGAGAGCGACUCGAGCUCGCGGCCCUCUGGGCUCUACCUGCUGGAGGGCUGCGUCUGCGACCGCGCGCCCUCCCCCAAGCCUGCGCUCUCCGGCAAGGAGCCGCUGGAGAAACAGCAUUACUUCACCGUUAACUUCAGCCACGAGAACCAGAAAGCCCUGGAGCUGAGGACGGAGGAUGCCAAGGAUUGUGACGAGUGGGUGGCGGCCAUCGCUCACGCCAGCUACCGGACCCUGGCCACGGAGCACGAGGCGCUGAUGCAGAAGUACCUGCACCUGCUGCAGAUCGUAGAGACAGAGAAGACAGUGGCCAAGCAGCUGCGGCGGCAGAUCGAGGACGGCGAGACCGAGAUAGAGCGGCUGAAGGCGGAGAUCGCAUCCCUGCUCAAGGACAAUGAACGCAUCCAGUCCACCCAGACCACCACCCCCAACGACGAGGACAGUGACAUCAAGAAGAUCAAGAAGGUGCAGAGCUUCCUGCGGGGCUGGCUGUGCCGGCGCAAGUGGAAGACCAUCAUCCAGGACUACAUCCGCUCUCCGCACGCCGACAGCAUGCGCCGGAGGAACCAGGUGGUGUUCAGCAUGCUGGAGGCCGAGGCCGAGUACGUGCAGCAGCUGCACAUCCUGGUCAACAACUUCCUGCGCCCGCUGCGGAUGGCCGCCAGCUCCAAGAAGCCCCCCAUCACGCACGAUGACGUCAGCAGCAUCUUCCUGAACAGCGAGACCAUCAUGUUCCUGCACCAGAUCUUCUACCAAGGCCUGAAGGCCCGCAUCUCGAGCUGGCCCACCCUGGUCCUGGCGGACCUGUUCGACAUCCUGCUGCCCAUGCUGAACAUCUACCAGGAGUUCGUGCGCAACCACCAGUACAGCCUGCAGAUCCUGGCGCACUGCAAGCAGAACCGCGACUUCGACAAGCUGCUCAAGCACUACGAGGCCAAGCCCGACUGCGAGGAGCGCACCCUGGAGACCUUCCUCACCUACCCGAUGUUCCAGAUUCCCAGAUACAUCCUGACGCUGCAUGAGCUCCUGGCCCACACGCCUCACGAACACGUGGAGCGCAACAGCCUGGACUACGCCAAGUCCAAACUGGAGGAGCUGUCCAGGAUAAUGCACGACGAAGUGAGCGAGACAGAGAACAUCCGGAAAAACCUCGCCAUCGAGCGUAUGAUCAUCGAAGGCUGUGAGAUCCUGCUGGACACCAGCCAGACUUUUGUGAGACAAGGCUCCCUCAUCCAGGUGCCCAUGUCCGAAAAGGGCAAGAUCACCCGGGGCCGCCUGGGCUCCCUGUCCCUGAAGAAGGAGGGGGAGCGGCAGUGCUUCCUGUUCUCCAAGCACCUCAUCAUCUGCACCAGAGGCUCGGGGGGGAAGCUGCACCUGACCAAGAACGGGGUCAUCUCCCUGAUCGACUGCACCCUGCUAGAGGACCCGGAGAACACGGAGGAAGACGCCAAAGGAGCCAACCAAGACAUAGAUCACUUGGAUUUUAAGAUUGGGGUGGAGCCCAAGGAUUCCCCGCCUUUCACCGUCAUCCUCGUGGCCUCGUCCAGGCAAGAGAAGGCGGCGUGGACCAGCGACAUCAGCCAGUGUGUGGACAAUAUCCGGUGCAACGGGCUGAUGAUGAAUGCGUUCGAGGAGAACUCCAAGGUCACCGUGCCGCAGAUGAUCAAGUCGGACGCCUCCCUCUACUGCGACGACGUGGACAUCCGCUUCAGCAAGACCAUGAACUCCUGCAAAGUGCUGCAGAUCCGCUACGCCAGCGUGGGGCGGCUGCUGGAGAGGCUGACCGACCUGCGCUUCCUGAGCAUCGACUUCCUCAACACCUUCCUGCACUCCUACCGCGUCUUCACCACGGCCGUCGUGGUGCUGGACAAGCUCAUCACCAUCUACCGAAAGCCCAUCAGCGCUAUCCCCGCCAGCUCUGGCCAAGCCUCGAGGGGCCCGGCGGGUCACCGCGAGCCCUGGGUCCCUGCCAGUUCCCUCGAGAUCCCUCCGCCCUCGGGUCUGUCCUGCAAUUUCAGCAUCUCCCCGGCGGCUCUGCAAGGACGUGCUCAGGCGAGCGGUGCCGGGUCACUGGAGCUCCUGUUCGCCAGUGGCCAGAGCAACAAGCUGCUGUACGGCGACCCCCCCAAGUCCCCGCGCGCCACACGCAAGUUCUCGUCGCCACCGCCCCUGUCCAUCACCAAGACGUCAUCGCCGAGCCGCCGGCGGAAGCUGUCCCUGAACAUCCCCAUCAUCACGGGUGGCAAGGCCCUGGACCUGGCCGCCCUCAGCUGCAGCUCCAACGGCUACACCAGCCUGUACUCGGCCGUGUCGCCCUUCAGCAAGGCCACGCUGGACACCAGCAAGCUCUACGUGUCCAGCAGCCUUGCCAACAAGAUCCCGGACGAGGGCGACACAGCCGCUGAGAAGCCGGAAGAGCCCGUAGCUCUCAGCAAGCAGACCUCGGAAGUCUCGGUGAGGGAAGAGUCCGACAACGACCAAAACCAGAGUGACGAUGGGGACCCCGAGGCGUCACCGACCAAAUCGCCCACGACGCCAAAGUCGGUCAAAAGCAAAAAUUCCUCAGAGUUCCCCCUCUUCUCCUACAACAACGGGGUCGUCGUGACCUCGUGUCGGGAACUGGACAGUACGCGCAGCGCCCUGUCGGCGGCUUCUGCCUUUGCCAUCGCCACGGCAGGAGCCAACGAGGGAGCCCCGAACAAGGAAAAGUACCGCAGGAUGUCCCUGGCCAGCGCAGGGUUUCCCCCUGACCAGAGGAACGGGGACAAGGAGUUCGUGAUCCGGCGAGCGGCCACCAACCGCGUCCUGAAUGUGCUCCGCCACUGGGUCUCCAAACACUCUCAGGACUUCGAGACCAACGACGAGCUCAGAUGCAAGGUGGUCAGCUUCCUGGAGGAGGUCAUGCACGACCCCGAGCUGCUGACCCAGGAGAGGAAGGCCGCAGCCAACAUCAUCAGGACUCUGACCCAGGAGGACCCGGGUGACAACCAGAUCACGCUGGAGGAGAUCACGCAGCUGGCGGAAGGCGUCAAGGCAGAGCCCUUUGAAAACCACUCGGCCCUGGAGAUCGCGGAGCAGCUCACCCUGCUGGAUCACCUCGUCUUCAAGAAGAUCCCCUAUGAGGAGUUCUUCGGACAGGGCUGGAUGAAACUGGAGAAGAACGAAAGGACCCCCUAUAUCAUGAAGACCACCAAGCAUUUCAAUGACAUCAGUAACUUGAUUGCUUCAGAAAUCAUCCGCAAUGAGGACAUCAACGCAAGAGUGAGCACCAUCGAGAAGUGGGUGGCCGUGGCCGACAUCUGUCGCUGCUUGCACAACUACAAUGCCGUGCUGGAGAUCACCUCAUCCAUGAACCGCAGCGCGAUAUUCCGGCUGAAAAAGACGUGGCUCAAAGUCUCCAAGCAGACGAAAGCUUUGAUUGAUAAGCUCCAAAAGCUUGUGUCAUCAGAGGGCAGAUUUAAGAAUCUGAGAGAAGCCCUGAAAAAUUGUGACCCUCCCUGUGUCCCUUACCUGGGGAUGUACCUCACCGACCUGGCCUUCAUCGAAGAGGGGACGCCCAAUUACACGGAGGACGGCUUGGUCAACUUCUCCAAGAUGAGAAUGAUAUCUCAUAUUAUCCGAGAGAUUCGCCAGUUUCAACAAACCGCGUAUAAAAUAGAGCACCAGGUGAAGGUGACCCAGUACCUGCUGGACCGGUCCUUCGUGAUGGAUGAGGACAGCCUGUACGAGUCGUCCCUGCGCAUGGAGCCGAAGCUGCCCACCUGAGGCCACGGCCGCGCCACGGACACGCGCUGCAGGCCACGGGCGCGCCACGGACACGCGCUGUGUGCCGCUGUACAUAGUCGCCUGGUUCCUGGACUUUCCUCUUUAGUAUGUGCUUCUCCAAGAACACCAGUCCGUUCUCCUUCUUAGAUUCCCGUAGACCGGAAUAGGCGUCUCGGCUCCGUUUCCGACGUCGGCCCUCCCCGCGUCCCGCAGCGCCUGGCUCCUUCCGGCGACGGCGUCCGAGUCUUCCCGGCCCCUCGGUCUCUCGGAAGGGGGCACAGACUGCGUGCGGACGCGAGCCCGGGCGCCACCCUGCUUCCGCCCCCCCCCCCGGGCCGCCGCGCCCCCCGCCCCCCGCCCCGGGCGCCCUCCCAGCAUGUUUCAUGUCGUUGUUCUAACUGGGGGGUGGGGGGAGGCGGGAGGGCCGCACCCUGAAGUCCAGUCGUUCACAGAUCUUCCCGCUGACGGUGAUGCCAAUUUCCAAAGCAGCUUUUUCAGCCGAAAUCCCAGGGGUCCGAGCUCCCCCGUGUCCCAGUCAUCCGGACAGAGGGGCGUCCUCGGCACCGAGAACCACGCCCCGCGACACCAGCGCCGCCACCUCGUGCCGGCACCGCGCGCUCCUCGCUCUAGGACUCUCAGCAGGUACCAUGAGUAGCGUCUCCGUGACCCCGGCCAAGGCCCCGACACGUCCCCGGGGACACGGAGUCACCACACGAGGUCGCGCCCACCGGCGCAGAACGCGGCCCAGCCUCCGCGGCAAGUCGGGGACACAGAACACGUCGCUCCUCCUCUCUUAGCUGCCUAACGGUCUCUACAAGCUUACGUUGAGAUGCCCUGAGUCCGUCUGCUUCGUGAAGCUCGUACACCGUAGAGCCAGGGGGCAGGUAACCGAGUGUUCUCCUCGCGCCCCCCGUGGUCCUGAGCGCCCUCCCACGGGUGCGGUGCCAUCAUGCUCACUCUGUAAACGCCACCACCGACUUCCUGCACCGCGCAGCGGCCAGAACGCGGGCUCACCCGAGCGGCAGGCAGGCUCACGACGACAGACAGUUUUGCUGUAAGCAAUACCUAGUGGUGUGAGAAUUCUAUUUCAAGUCCUACAAUAUUUCAACUUAUGGCUUGUUUGGGAAAAAAAAAAAAAAGAUAUUUCCAUUUUUGUAAAAAUAUAUGUUUCCUGAUUACCUCUUGCUAAUAAAUCUCUUCUAUCUCAGGGUGAA